AUGGAUAAACCCGUUUUUCCCAUGGGUUAUGAAUGGGCAAAAUUUGGGAAACCAUGUAAAAAGGUUACAGAAACAAAAUCGUUUUGGGAAAAAGUUCAUUUCAUCAUCUCGAGUCGCUCUCUCGACUCUCCCCAAGGCGAUUCUCUCGAAGUCACGAUCUCCAGCCUUCGUCCGUCUCCGUCACUCUCCGCCUCGUCGCCGUUACUCUCCGUCUCCGUCUGUCUCCAACCGUCUCGUCCAUCUCCAACCGUCUCGUCUCGUCCCCGUCUCUCUCUGUUCGUCAGGAUGGACAAUGAGGAUACUAUGAACCUAGAAGACACUAAAUACAUGAGUGGGGAUGAGAUGGUGGAUCAAAACUCAGAUGAAGAUGAAGCAGUAGCAGUGGAGGAUACUCUCAUGAGAACAGCUGAAAUCUGCAGAAAAAGAGGAGGUAAACGCAGACACUCCAGAUGUUGGAAGCACUUUAAUAUAAUAGGAGAGAAUUAUCCAGAUGGUUCGAAUGACAUCCAGUUCAAAUUCUGCAAUCACACCUACAACUUCAACCUGCGUAGGAGUGGAACCUCAGAUCUUUUGCGUCAUAUGAAGGUCUGUAGUUUGAAUCCUGUCUCUAGUACACCUGGAACUGGUAGGAUGAUAGAUCAGCUUGUGUUUCGUGAGAUGAUUGCAGUAGCCUUGAUUGAGCAUAACCUGCCAUACUCAUUUGUUGAGUAUAGAAGAGUAAGGGAAGCAUUGUCAUAUGCGAAUCCUACUAUAGAGUUCUGGUGCAGGAAUACAACUGCUAGCGACUGUUUGAAGGUAUAUGAGAGGGAGAAGCUGAAACUAAGACAGAAGUUGAAAGAAAUUUCAGGAAGGAUCUGCUUAACAACUGACCUGUGGAGAGCUCUUACAGUUGAAGGGUAUUUGUGUCUGAUGGCUCACUUCAUAGAUAAAGAUUGGAGUCUGAAGUCAAGGAUUCUCGAGUUCUGUGCAUUUCCUCCUCCUCAUACUGGUGUUGCCAUAGAGAUGAAGAUAAUAAAGUUGCUGAAAGAGUGGGACCUAGAGAAGAGAGUCUUCACAGUCACUGUCGACAAUGCUUCAGCAAACGACAAUAUGCAGUCCAUUCUCAAGAAGCAGCUUCGGAGAGGAUUGAUAAGAGAUAGUGUCAAGUUUGUGAAGGUGACAAAAACUAGAGAGAAACUCUUUGAUAGCUGUGUGCAAACAGUGGGUAUUGAACCAAACAGAGGUGUGUUACCAGGGUUGGUUAUGGAUGUAGCAACGAGAUGGAACUCAACCCAUUUUAUGCUAGAGAGAGCCAUCAUUUAUAGAGAAGCCUUUCGCCAUCUUGCUGAAGUUGAUGCAGCUUAUAAGUUCAGUCCAAGUGAAUUGGAGUGGGAGAGGGAAGGCUUGAUUUCCGAAUUCUUGGCUCCAUUGCUGAGAUGA